AUGGCCUGGUCCCCAAAGCAGAAGUGGGCAGAGCCAAGCCUAAGGGAUCCCAGGGCUGGCAGGGCCUACAGAGAUGGCAGGGGAGGCAGAGGUGGCAGAGGUGGCAGAGGCCAGGGCUUGGGCAGCUCCUCCAGCUACCUGGAGCCUAGGGCUCCUGGCCCCCAAGGCCCUCCUCUUGUUUUUAAGAUAAAAAACAGUCUGAUUGGUGCAGUGAUUGGUCAUGGCGGAUCAAAAAUAAGAGACAUUCAGAGUACGACAAAGACGAAAAUACAGAUCAUACCGGUACAGGGUGAUUCCGAAGCAGACGUAAACAUUUUUGGCAGCAAGGAUAUGCAAGCAAAGGCCAAAGCAAUUAUAGAGACUAUUGUUGAAAGACAAGGAAGCAACUACCAAUAUUCAGAAUGCACUGUUAAUAAUGCUGCAACCCAACCAGCUGUUGCAAGAGACUUAACCACAGAUAACACUGUUAGAGAAGUUCGACCAUUGAUAGACUGGGAUCGAAUUAGGGCAAGAGUGACAGAGUGGGAAACAAGAAGAUGGGAAGACUUAGCACCAAUUAAAAAAGACUUUUACAUAGAAUCCAGAGCAACAAGUUCUCUGUCUCAAAUGCAGGCAGACCUUUGGAGGAAGGAACAUUUCAAUAUAGUUUGUGAUGAUUUGAAAGAUGGUGAAAAACGGUCUAUCCCCAACCCAACUAUUAAAUUUGAGGACGCUUUCCAGAAUUAUCCUGAAUUAAUGAAAAACAUUCAAAAAGCAGGGUUUCAAAAGCCAAUGCCAAUUCAAUCACAGGUGUGGCCAAUUGUUCUACAAGGGAUAGAUCUUGUAGGAGUCUCCCAAACUGGAACAGGCAAAACUUUGUCUUAUUUAUUGCCUGGGCUUAUUCACAUCAAUUCUCAACCAACACCCAGAGAACAGAGGAAUGGUCCCGGCAUGCUAGUCCUUACACCGACUAGAGAAUUAGCUCUCCAGGUAGGAAAUGAAUGUUCUAAGUAUGCAUAUAAAAAUCUUAAAAGUAUUUGUAUAUACGGUGGCGGAAAUAGACAACAACAAAUAAAAGACGUUGCCAAAGACAUAGACAUCAUUAUUGCAACUCCUGGGCGACUGCAUGACCUGCAAAUGAAUAAUUUUGUCAACCUUAGAAACAUAACCUACCUAGUCUUAGAUGAAGCUGAUAAGAUGCUAGAUAUGGGAUUUCAACCUCAGAUAAUGAAGAUUUUAUUAGAUGUGCGCCCAGAUCGGCAAAUGAUUAUGACAAGUGCAACUUGGCCAGAUACCAUUCGUCGACUUUCACAAACUUAUUUGAAAGAGCCUAUGAUCGUUUAUGUUGGUACCCUGGAUCUAGUUGCUGUAAAUACAGUGAAGCAAAAUAUAAUUGUUACCACAGAAGAAGAAAAACGAUCUCUUAUAAAAGAAUUCCUACACAGCCUGUCACCCAAAGACAAAGUCAUUGUGUUUGUCAGUAGAAAAAUUGUUGCUGAUGACUUAUCCAGCAAUUUAAGCGUCCAAGGCCUAUCUGUACAAUCCUUGCAUGGAAACAGAGAACAGAGUGAACGUGAGCAGGCAUUAGAUGACUUUAAAAGUGGAAAUGUGAAAAUACUGAUUUCUACUGACUUAGCAUCCCGAGGUCUUGAUGUUGAUGAUAUCACACAUGUGUAUAAUUACGAUUUCCCAAGAAACAUUGAAGAAUAUGUACACAGAGUAGGGCGUACUGGAAGAGCAGGGAAGACUGGCACGUCCAUUACCCUUAUGACUAAAAAUGAUUGGAAGACUGCCCCUGAAUUGAUUAAAAUUCUGGAAAGAUCAAAUCAAAGUAUCCCAGAAGCUCUUGUAACAAUGGCCAAAAAAUACAAGUUAGGUGAACAAAAUAGAGACACAGGAAACAAAUCAAAACUAUUUCAACAAAAACCCAAGGACUUUCAUUAA